GUGUCGGGAUCCCCAGCUGGGACAGCGGCGGCGCGGUUGACAGACAGACCCGUUAGCCCGUGCCGGAGCAGUCCGUGCGCGCUUCGGACGCGAUGGUGAGACGGACUUCUCUUCUAGGAUCACCCCUGGUGUCCUGCGCGGUGCGCGUUCUGCUGGGUGCAAUGCUGGUGCAAACUAGGAUACAGGGGCCGGCCAACAAGGAACAGCCGUAUGCCUCCAUCGUGUACACGGCCGUGGCUCGGGGCAAGGUGGCGCUGCCGUGCGACAUCAGCCCGCCAACACCGGACGACUCCGUGACGCUGGUGCUCUGGUACAAGGACGAGAGCCUGGCGCCCAUCUUCACGCUCGACUCGCGUCGGGCCCACGUUGACCAGGCCCGCCAGUCUCUGUCAGGACACGGCCUGGAUCACCGGGCCCACUUCAACAUGGCCAAUCAACCGGCCUUUCUGCAGAUAGACCCUGUCGAAGAGGCGGACGCCGGAGAGUACCGGUGUCGAGUGGACUUCCGCCGCGGCCGCUCCAUCAACACUGUCAUUCACCUCAACGUGAUAGUGCCCCCGGGCGAUCCCAUCAUCGUGGAUGAUGACGGCCGCAGGAUGGAGGGACUCGUGGGUCGCUUCAACGAAGGGGAAAAUCUCCGGCUCGUCUGCCAAGUGCACGGAGGCAAGCCUCGUCCAGUGGUCACGUGGUGGCGCGACAAGCGGCUAGUGGACGACAACUACACCGUUGUGGGUGACUCGGUGCACAACAGCUUCGAGAUACGUGAACUGAGGCGCGCUGACUUCCUGGUUGUGCUCACGUGCCAGGCCAGCAACAACAACGUCACAGUGGCCGCUUCGCGCUCCAUCACCCUCGACAUGAACUUGAUUCCACUGGACGUGACCAUCCAGCCACCGAAGCGACCCCUGUCUGCGGAUAAGGAAAUUGAGCUGGUGUGUUCCUCGAGCGGAUCGAGGCCCCCAGCGCUGCUGACCUGGUGGAAAAGCGGAGAACAAAUUCUCUCUUCUAAAGAACACCAGGUUCAAGAGGGCGUGAGCACCAGCUCGAGCGUGAUCCUCUUUACACCACGAGCGGAGGAUAAUGGGCUCGUGCUGUCGUGCCGAGCAGAAAACCAGUUCAUCCCAGGAAGUGCAAUCGAAGAAGGCUGGAAGCUCGACGUUUUCUAUAAGCCUCGCAUCACAUUGGUGCUUGGUCAGAACCUCAAGGAGCACGACAUUCACGAAGGCCGAGAUGUGUACCUGGAAUGCCACGUGGAUGCCAGCCCUGUGGCAACCGAGGUGACGUGGCUCUUUGAAGGCCACGAAGUCGCCACCAACACCAGCGCCGGUGUCAUCGUGAGCAACCAAUCGCUGGUGCUGCAAAAGGUGCGGAGGUCCCGCCGUGGGCGUUACAGCUGCACCGCCGCUAAUCGAGAAGGACACGGGACCAGCAAUAUCUUCAUUUUACGAAUAAAAUUUGCACCAGUUUGCAAACCGGGCCAGAAGCGAAUCUACGGAGUAUCGCAAAUGGAUUCGGUGUCAGUACACUGCGAACUCGAGGCUGAUCCCGGAGACGUGACCUUCCACUGGCGUUUCAACAGCUCGUCAAGCGGCAAGCGUAUCGACUUGGCCAGCUAUAGUCAUGCUCAGACGCGCAGCACCGCCAUGUACUCUCCGCAGAAUAGCGACGACUUUGGCUAUCUACUCUGCUGGGGAGCAAACGAGGUCGGCAAGCAGCUGCAUCCCUGCAACUUCACUGUCGUCCCGGCAGGUCCACCGGAGCCUGUAAGCAACUGUAGCCAGUUGAAUGCCACUGAGGACUCGGUGUCGUUCGAGUGUGCCGAGGGCUCCUGGGACGGCGGCGUCACGCCAGUCACGUUCUUCGUCGAGCUUCACGACGUCGAAAGCGGCCGCCUGGUGGCGAACGCAUCUGCUUCCCCCGUGCCGGCGUUCGGUUUCUCGGGUCUCGCCGGUGGCACCUCAUUUCGAGCCAGCAUGUACGCGAGGAACGCUAAAGGACAUCGGCCGCCUACACGCUUCGUCGUCAGCACGCUGAGGCCCGCCGAAAAGCUGACGGCUGGAGGCCAAGCCAUUAUACUGAUAAGGCCCGUUUUAGGAGUCAUCAUGGGUAUCAUUUUGACACUAGUCAUAGCAGCGAUUGUGAUUAUCCUAAUCAUAAAGUACAAGCAUCCUCGGAAGACCAGAGAUGACUACAAGGAAAGAACAGAUGACAAGUCGCAGAGCCUGCUCAAGAAAGAUGGGGAGGAAUUCGCUGAUAUAGAGGGCCGCGGCCCGGACAUUAUACCAGCAGCUCCACUAACGUAUGAUGGGGAACACGAAGAUAAAAAACAAUACGAGGAGCAUGCUGUGCCGAGUUACUACAAUUUACCUGUUGCAGCGGACGAGAUCAGUCACUCCGGAACGCUACCAUCUAGUAAAUAUGCCAAUGGAAAGCAAGAAACCGCCGGUUCGGACCUAACAUACGUUGAGCUUGCCUUCUCAAGAUCGGGGGGAGCUUGCAUGUCGGCAACUCUACCGCGGCCCCACAGGACUGGUCUGGAUGAUUUUCGCGGUGCAGACUACGGCCGCAUAGACUUCCAACGAAGCACUGCUCUGCGACCCCUUCCGUCAGGUCAUCAGAUUCCAGGAGGUCCAGAGGACGUGGACGAGAACGACAGCAUCAGGCCGAACAUUUCGGAUUCGCCUGUGGUCACUGGAAACCGAAUGGAAAGCACCGUCUAGCCAAGACAUAUUUUUCGGUUUCAUAUAGCUUUCAAAACGGAUACUACAGUGCAAGUCCACUAGGGUGACCUAUUCAGCGUCGCCACUGUCGCCAAACUGUGCAGUUGUGGUGCGUGACUACAUAAACGCCUCACUGGAUAACCAAAAUGGGCCUGUUGGAUGUUAGGUUUGUGAUCCUCCCCAAGUGCUCUUAGAGAGAUGGAAUACUCGACUUUCGCAUUCCUCGAGAUUGAUGCACCGGGGUGCUGUACGACUCUAUCAAGCACAAGUGUACAGGAAUUGACAAGACAACAACGCAGAGGUGCCUUUGAAAGGAACGGAUUACAGCAAGAGGAAAGUGUCGUGGUCAGCAGGGGGUCAAGUGCUCAACAAACUUGUUUCAUCUGCAGUUGUGUUCAGUGACAUUGCGAACUCCUAUAGGCAAUUUUUACUGUACAUAAAAAAAAUACGCGGGAUGUUGACUUUACGGUGAGAAGAAAAGAUGCGGUGUUCUUGUGAAUACGAGUGAUAUCUUUAGAGGAAAGUGUGGCUCCUUAACGUUUCAUCUUUCGUCCCUUCGACUUUCACGGAUAACUCAGGUAAGCAGAGAGUAAACGAAUUCUUACAUCUCGGAAUAUCUUGUAAUUUUCUAAAUAUAGCUUACUUCGCUGAACUGGUUUUGGUAAUGUUAUAAAGGAAGCAGCAUAUUUCUACUCAAAGUUUCGUAGAGUGCUUCGCACUGGCUCAUGUUAACACGUUGAUU